UCACAGGAAGAGAGCGAUGGCGGGUUUGAAUGUAAGAGACCCUGCGGUAGAUCGUUCUCUGCGUUCGGUGUUCGUGGGGAACAUUCCCUAUGAGGCUACUGAAGAGCAAUUAAAGGACAUCUUUUCUGAGGUUGGACCUGUUGUUAGUUUCAGGUUGGUAUAUGAUAGGGAGACAGGAAAGCCAAAGGGUUAUGGCUUCUGUGAAUACCAAGACCAAGAGACAGCACUUAGUGCCAUGAGAAACCUGAAUGGGCGUGAAUUCAGUGGGAGAGCACUUCGAGUGGACAAUGCUGCCAGUGAAAAGAACAAAGAAGAGCUGAAGAGCCUUGGCACUGGUGCCCCUGUCAUUGAAUCACCUUAUGGAGAGACCAUCAGUCCUGAGGAUGCCCCUGAGUCCAUUAGCAAAGCAGUUGCCAGUCUUCCACCAGAGCAGAUGUUUGAGCUGAUGAAACAGAUGAAGCUCUGUGUCCAGAAUAGUCCCCAGGAAGCACGAAACAUGUUGCUCCAAAACCCUCAACUGGCGUAUGCUUUGCUACAAGCACAGGUAGUGAUGAGAAUUGUGGAUCCAGAGAUUGCCCUGAAAAUUCUGCAUCGCCAGACAAAUAUCCCAACGCUGAUGGCCGGCAACCCUCAGCCAGUCCACAGCACUGGGCCUCCUUCAGGAGCCGGUGUGUCAAUGAACCAGCAGAAUCCUCAAGCCCCUGUGGCCCAGCCUCUGGGUGGCAUGCAUGUCAAUGGUGCACCUCCUUUGAUGCAAGCUUCUAUGCAGGCUGGAGUUCCAGCACCAGGGCAAAUACCAACUGCUGUAACAGGACCUGGCCCUGGUUCCUUAGCUCCUGGAGGAGGAAUGCAGGCCCAGGUUGGAAUGCCAGGAAGUGGACCAGUGUCGUUGGAAAGGGCACAAGGAACCCUACAGCACUCGCCCGUGGGACCUGCCGGGCCUGCAUCAAUUGAGCGAGUUCAAGUGCCGAUGCAAGACCCCAGAGCAGCUAUGCAGCGUGGGCCCUUGCCUGCCAACAUCCCAACUCCUCGAGGUCUGUUAGGAGAUGCUCCAAAUGACCCACGUGGGGGCACUUUACUUUCUGUAACUGGAGAGGUAGAGCCUAGAGGUUACCUGGGACCACCUCAUCAGGGUCCACCCAUGCACCAUGUCCCUGGCCAUGACAACCGUGGCCCGCCCCCACAUGAGAUGAGGGGAGGGCCAUUAGCCGAGCCCAGACCUCUAAUGGCAGAGCCAAGAGGACCCAUGCUAGAUCAGAGGGGUCCACCCUUGGAUGGCAGAGGCGGAAGAGAUCCCCGAGGCAUAGACACACGAGGGAUGGAGGCACGAGCCAUGGAGGCACGAGCCAUGGAGGCAAGAGGAUUAGAUGCCAGAGGAUUGGAGGCUCGUGCAAUGGAAGCACGUGCAAUGGAGGCCCGUGCAAUGGAGGCCCGUGCAAUGGAGGCCCGUGCAAUGGAAGUUAGAGGGAUGGAGGCCAGAAGCAUGGAUACAAGGGGCCCAGUCCCUGGCCCUAGAGGCCCUAUACCUAGUGGAAUCCAGGGUCCCAAUCCUAUUAACAUGGGGGCAGUUGGCCCCCAGGGAUCCAGACAGGUCCCAGUCAUGCAGGGAGCAGGCAUGCAAGGAGCAAAUAUCCAGGGUGGAGGCCAGCCCGGUGGCUUUAGUCCUGGCCAGAACCAAGUCACUCCACAGGACCAUGAGAAGGCUGCUUUAAUUAUGCAGGUUCUUCAACUGACUGCAGACCAGAUCGCCAUGCUGCCUCCUGAACAGAGGCAGAGUAUCCUGAUCUUAAAGGAACAAAUACAGAAAUCCACUGGAGCACCUUGAAAGGUGAGCAGACUUACCUGGCCUGAGUCAGACAAUGAAAGGUUUUCAGAAAUACCUGGCAACAAAUCUGGAAAUUAAUUCAGUAACUUUGUUGAAAUUUUGCAAAAAGAUGACUUCUACAUCCUAACCCUUGAAUGACUCAAAUUGGUGCCAGGUGGAGGAUUCCCAUCACCUUCUCUCAGAAACAAACUAGAUCAUUAUGUUGUCUUAGUUUGUAUAUUUUCUGUGACAUGAAAUAAACUUUGAACACAAUUUUAGUAUACUGCAAAUUGAUAUACACGACCUUUUUGCUUUUAAAAAGCUGAAUACCAAGGGUGAAACCUUAGAUGUAUUUUCUACCCUUACUGCAAUAUUGUACUUCAAUGUUUUAUUGCCAUAGCUCUGUUUUUCUUUUCAGUUAACCAUUUAUUCUUCUUGAUGAUUAUUUGAGAAUUUCUCAGAAACAAUGUUUUUUUGAAACGUAGUUUUUACUUUGCUUCCAGUGGGAAUAAUAACAAUUGCCCUUUGAGAACUUGCUAGAAUUUCUGAAUCUAAUGGAAGAAAGUAGCAUGUGCUUAGAGCUAUAAAAUGGUCAAAAGGCCAACAAAGCAAAGAGCCUAGCAGAGCAGUGUUUAGUUUAGAAAAAUCCAAAUAUCAAAAUGUGUUUUUUGUCAAUAGCAGGUCAAUUCACAUGCAUAGUUCAGAGUUAAGACAAAGAUGUAUUAGCCACUGGUUCUAGUGUAUCAACAACACAAAGACUGUGGAUAUUUCCUUGUCUGUUCUAAAACUCUUCAGUCUGGGUAGACUUGCAACUUAAAAGUUGCAAAAGCCACUACUUUUUCAUAUGUUCAAGAUAAAAUAAAAACUGAACAGAAAUAAAAUGAACAAAAUAUAUUUCAUCCUACCUUUUAGAUAGUCACUAACCUAUAGGCCUAUCCUAUAACCAAAUUUGUCCUGGGAAAUUAAAACAUAGAAAACCCUAAAGCUUUUACAUUCCUAUUUAUUUUAAGAGGACCAAAUGUAGACCACAAGCAGUCAGAUUGCUCAUUAGGCCCUCCCCUACCUGUUUCUUUACAGAUAGAUAUGAACAUAAUUAGUGUCCUAGCUCUAAACUAUGGCUCUUCCAGCCUAGUGUUCGCUCUCUCAUAGUGGCACUAAGGAAGAACAUGAUUUCUCUCCAUGAGGCCAACCUCAAGAGGUUAUGAGGUGCCUUAAUAAUUAGUAAAGUUCCACUGGAACUACUCAAGCCUGUUUAUAGCCUCAGAAUCCUACCCCCAGAUUAGGAUUAUGGUCAAAUGAAUUAAAAGCCUGCAAUAGGCUUAGAGAAUGUAAUAGCAUAUUGCUUACAUGUCAAGCAAAAGAAUGCAAAGAUAAUCAACUUUAUGAGAGACAUUAAAAUUGAGGGAUUUUCUACUCUGAUAUAUAAACAUUUACUAUAAGAGUUUGCUGAAUAAAAUACUUCAUAUUACAACAUAGGAAGAAAAACUUGCCCAAAACAGCUUAGGAGCUUUCUGGGUGUCCUGCACAUCCACAUUUGGGCUUGAAUGUUGAUUAUGUAUAGGAUUUAUUAUUAUUACCUUUGAUGCCUACUUCCAUGAGUAUUCUAGAACUUGAUAUGUUGGUUUUAGCAGCAGUCAUAUAUGGGAAGUAUCCAUAUAAUUUAGACAUUGGGAUCAACAGGAGGGAAGUCUUUAUCAUUAGGAACUCAUUCAAGGAAUACUAAGAUUCCAAACCAAAGUCAUUGAAAAUCAAAUUAUCAUUUGAUCAGCAGCUGUCUAAUAGGAACCAUAUUGUCAAGAUGCCAUUGUGCAUUUUUCUAAAGCCUUAUUAAAUUUAGACAGCUGAAAUCCAGGAAAUUGGCAACAGUAGAGGUACCCAAAUCUAUUCCUAUGGAAACAUCCAUUAGUACUUUUUACUGAUGGCCAAUUAAUAAAUGAAACAUAAUUCACUACCAUGAGUUCCUGGCUUACCUUUAUUUUGUUCAGACCAGUGACUGAAAAAAAUCAGUCUUACUAAUCCUUCAAGUCAUGUAGGUUUCCGGAUAAUUAGAAACACUCAUUUAUUCAUUUUUGGUAAUUUAAUGAUAGAGAAAGAAAUAGGUGCUAUAAUGCUAAUUCAGGAGAAACAUUCUUAUAAAUCUGAUAAGUUGAAUUGUCUAUGGGCACAAUAAAGUAUGGGUUUUUUCUCUCUUUUAAGGGCCCUGGUCUUCUUUCCUUCUACUGAUUCACUGUGACUACUAAUAUCCCAAAAUCAGGAGAAUGAGAGAAAUAAAAAAGCAUUUUGACAGGAGAAAGAAAAGUCAUUUUGCUUAUGUCAUUAGGGGAGUGAUUUCAUAAUGAAUAAGUAGGUAGGAGCAAAAAAUACUGUUACCAAGAUUCUAAAUUAUCUUUUUUUAAAACUAGAGAUUAAUAAACCCCCUUAAUAAAAAUGAUGAUAAAGAGCCCCUGCUUGACUAAAUAAAUUGUCCUAAGAUUGAGUUCAAGUUUUCACAAUUAUUUCCAACAGAGCAAUAUAAGCUAAUGACAGUAUAGCUGACUCUCAGUUAUACUAUUUCAGUUAUGAUUAGCAUACUUUCAAGGUUUUCUUUCCCAAAUGGAGAGCCUAGAUAAAGUAACAAAAUAUUUAUUAAUCAAAGAA